GGAGCUGGCGGGGAGGAUGGCCGGCUUUGCGUCGCUCGGGCUGUCAUCGUGGCUUGUGGAACAAUGUCGGCAGUUGGGUUUGAAGCAGCCUACCCCUGUACAGCUCGGCUGCAUCCCCGCCAUCCUGGAGGGUCGAGACUGCUUGGGCUGUGCCAAGACAGGCAGUGGCAAGACAGCAGCAUUUGUCCUGCCCAUCUUGCAGAAGCUGUCUGAGGAUCCCUAUGGUAUCUUCUGCCUUGUCCUGACACCCACCAGGGAGCUGGCCUACCAGAUUGCAGAGCAGUUCCGGGUCCUGGGGAAGCCUUUGGGCCUGAAAGACUGCAUCAUUGUCGGCGGCAUGGGUACAGGGGGCCCAGGGAGGCUCUGGGUAGGGAACCCCCGCAGCCUCAGACCCCCCCUACCCAGACCUACCUCUUCCACUCCACCUGCAGACAUGGUGGCCCAGGCCCUGGAGCUGUCCCGGAAACCACAUGUGGUCAUCGCCACACCAGGGCGUCUGGCUGACCACCUCCGUAGCUCCAACACUUUUAGCAUAAAGAAGAUCCGUUUCCUGGUGAUGGAUGAGGCCGACCGGCUGUUGGAGCAGGGCUGCACCGACUUCACCGCAGACCUGGAGACCAUCCUGUCGGCCGUGCCUGCUCGCAGACAGACGCUGCUCUUCAGCGCCACGCUGACCGACACGCUCAGAGAGCUUCAGGGCCUGGCCACCAACCAGCCCUUCUUCUGGGAGGCUCAGGCCCCGGUGCGCACGGUGGAACAGCUGGACCAGCGCUACCUGUUGGUGCCUGAGAAGGUCAAGGAUGCCUAUCUGGUCCACCUGAUUCAGAACUUCCAGGAUGAGCACGAGGACUGGUCCAUCAUCAUCUUCACCAACACGUGCAAGACCUGCCAGAUCCUGUGCAUGAUGCUGCGUAAAUUCAACUUCCCCACCGUGGCUCUGCAUUCCAUGAUGAAACAGAAAGAACGCUUUGCUGCCCUGGCCAAAUUCAAGUCCAGCAUCUACAGGAUCCUGAUUGCAACAGACGUGGCCUCGCGGGGCCUGGACAUUCCCACAGUGCAGGUGGUCAUUAACCACAACACCCCCGGGCUUCCGAAGAUCUACAUACACCGAGUCGGCCGGACGGCCCGUGCAGGGCGGCAAGGACAGGCCAUCACGCUGGUGACGCAGUAUGACAUCCACCUUGUACAUGCCAUCGAGGAGCAGAUCAAGAAGAAGCUGGAGGAGCUCUCAGUGGAGGAGGCCAAGGUGCUGCAGAUCCUUACGCAGGUCAAUGUGGUGCGGAGGGAGUGUGAGAUUAAACUGGAAGCGGCCAACUUCGAUGAAAAGAAAGAGAUCAACAAGCGGAAGCAGCUGAUCCUGGAGGGGAAGGACCCCGACCUAGAGGCCAAACGCAAGGCUGAGCUGGCCAAGAUCAAGCAGAAGAACCGGCGCUUCAAGGAGAAGGUGGAGCGGGAGCUGCAGCGGCAGAAGGCGGGCGGGGCGGGCCGCAGGGCGCGUCCUCCCAGGGCCCCUCCCGAAGGCCCCUCGGCCCCAGCGCCCACCCAGGGCCAGUCCUGAGUUCUGUGCGGCCCCCACCUGCCCAGCCUGGGAUUCCUUCAUGGAACCGAGGGUCAGAGGGGCCCUCCCGUCCCCUGGGCCUGCUGUGUCCUUGUCGCUGGAACCCAUGGACGCCCACACGGUGCACUGCGCAGCUCUCGCCGCCCUGCGGCCCCUUCUCAGCCUCUGCCAAGAGUCAGUCUGCAGAGGAGGAAAGGACACUGGCUGCGAGGUGUGGCUCAACUCCACACACAGGGACCCGGGUUCAGGGUCACCUCGGUGGGGGGUGCAGGGUGCCAUCAGGCCCCCAGAGCCAAGGUGUGUUGCCUGCAGGACUCACUCAAUAAAUGAGUCUCUCCGCUUCC